AAAACUACCCAUCAGCAGAAGCCGUCCAGAGAUACAUUAAAGUUAAGAAUGAAUUGGAUAAGAUUUCCUACGACCGGGCAAGAGGAGCAUGUGUGCGCUCCAAGGCCCGUUGGCAUGAGUUCGGCGAACGAAGUUCGAAAUAUUUUCUUAAUCUUGAGAGACGAAAUUAUGAAAAUAAAUGCAUUACCAGCCUUAUACAAGAAAACGGAAGCAGUAUAUAUCACGGACCCAAAGGAAAUCCUAAAAGAACAGAAAAGAUUUUAUCAAUCCUUAUAUUCCUCGCAAAAUCCUCAAGUAAACGAUCCUAAAUUCAAAGUGUUCUUCGAUAAUGACAAGGUAGAAAAGCUGAAUGAUGAACAAAGAAAGAACUACGAAGGCUUGCUGACGGAGAAUGAGUGCUGGAAUGCUUUAAAAUGUUUCCAAAAAAACAAAUCCCCUGGCAAUGACGGUUUUACUGCCGAAUUUUACAGCUUCUUCUGGAGUCAAUUAGGCAAGAUAAUGGUAAACAGUUUUAAUUAUGGAUUCCAUAAAGGUGAGCUGUCAAUUUCUCAAAGACAAAGCAUCAUACGUCUUAUUCCAAAAAAGAACAAAAAUUUAUUGUAUCUUAAAAAUUGGAGACCUAUUUCACUUUUAAAUGUGGAUUAUAAGAUUGCCUCUAAAGCUUUAGCUCUCAGACUAAAAAAGGUUCUAUCGGCAGUUAUAAAUAACACACAAACUGGUUACGUAGAGGGAAGAUUUAUCGGUGAAAACAUCAGACUUAUAAGCGACAUCCUCAAUUUCACCGUUGACCAGGACAUAGAGGGAAUUGCUUUAUUUAUCGAUUUUGAAAAAGCAUUUGAUAGUUUAGAAUGGGAGUACCUAUUUAAAGCUCUAGAUACCUUUCAAUUUGGACCCGACUUUAAGACUUGGGUGAAAACUCUGUACACAAACAUUUCUAGCUGCAUAAUAAACAACGGCUUCGCCUCCGAGUCAUUUACUUUAAAGAGAGGAGUAAGACAAGGCUGCCCUUUGUCUGGCUUGUUGUUCAUUUCAGCCGCAGAAUUACUGUCUUGCUAAAUAAGAGCUGAUGAACAUAUAAAGGGAAUUCGAGUCUUAAACAAAGAAAUAAAAUUAUCUCAAAAUGCCGAUGACACCACCUCCUUUUGCAAAGAUAAAGAGUCGCUUGGGAAACUGUUAGAGUUAUUAGACCUAUUUAAAGAUUGCAGCGGUUUAAAGUUUAACCAAAGUAAAUCUGAAGCAAUGUGGCUUGGACAAAACGCAAAUAGGACUGAUACACUAUUUGGAGUUCAGUGGCCACAAAGGCCUAUCUCCGCUUUAGGGAUAUCAUUCUCUUACAAUCUAAAACUUUGCGAACAGGAAAAUUUUUCACAAAAGAUAUGUAAAAUUCAAAAGCUGUUUAAUAUAUGGUCUCAAAGAGAUCUCUCACUUUAUGGCAAGAUAACAAUCGCCAAAACAUUAGGGCUAUCGAAACUUAUCUUUGUAAGUUCGUGCAUACAUACACCGCCUCAUUAUAUAGAUAUCCCUAAUAGAUUGAUUACAGAUUUUGUCUGGAAUAACAAGAAACCAAAGAUAAAAAGGGAUACUCUUAUAGGUCCAAAAGAAAGAGGAGGGCUGGAUUUACCAGAAUUUGAGACUAUAUCCAAGUCGUUACAAAGUGCUUGGGUUCAAAGAAUGAAGAAUGGUGUAGAGGAUCAGUGGAUGUUAAUUCCUUUAUUUUAUUUGAAAAAUGUUGGAGGGCCAUUUAUUUUUUGAUUGUGAUUAUGAUGUAAAAUUUCUAGGCCUAAACAACUUACCAAUAUUUUACGCUGAUGUUCUUAACACCUCAUGGAAGUCCGAGAGCAAACUUCGGACAAUGAAAUCUGUGUUGAGAAUGUAAUCUUAUGGAAUAAUAAGCAUAUUUUAAUAGACGGUAAAUCAGUAUAUUGGAAAGAAUGGCAUGAAGCUGGUAUACUUAGAAUUAAAGACCUACUAGAUGAAAAAAACAGAUUCCUCACACUUAAUAAGUUUCUUUUAAAAACUGCCCUCAAGGCGCCUUUUACUAAGUUAUUUGGUUUAAUAUCAGCUAUACCUUAUAGAUGGAAGUGCGCUUUGAGACCGGGAUUUAUCAUGAACAAUAAAGAUAUGGAACAAAAUACAACUAAGGAAAUUAACGUGGUUACUAGCAAGAAGGUUCGCAAUAUACUUAUUCAAAGGAAAUUUGUAGAACCGUUGGCUAGCCUUCGACUAUGCAGGCAAGGAUUGGACAGUUCCAAACUUAGUUCCAUUUAUAUGCUUCCAUUUAAAAUAACUAAAGAAACAAAAUUAAGCAUAUUUCAAUAUAAGAUUGUUCAUAAUAUUCUUCCACAUGGGGUUCUGUUACACAGAAUGAAAAUCGUAAACUCUCAGGGGCACCCAACGAGAAUAUAGUUCAAAACCACUUAAACAUAGCAUUGUUAAACGUGUUUUAGUAUUUAAACAGUGGAUAUGGGCAUAUUUUUAUCCCCUAUAAAUUUUUCAUCUGUUCGGAUUUCCUAGCUGAAAGUCUAGUGAUCCGAAAAUUAUAGGGAUCAAUACUUACCCGUUCGAAAAUUUCAGCCAGAAAAAAGGCUCCCGAAAAUUUUAGGUGACCUUUAUACGGUAAAAAUCCGCUGAAAAUGGGCAAUUUUACCAUUUUUUAGAUGUUCGAAAAUCCUAGGAGAGGCAGGCAAGCAAGAAAUUUUACAACAAAUGUUUCGAAAAUUCUAGAUCUCAAAUCGUCUCCCGAACAGAUAUUUUUCCGAAAAUUGUCGUUGGGUGCCCCUGAACUCUCCUCUCUGCAUACAUUGUGAUUCCCUAGAAACGCUCUCCCAUAUGCUAGUUAACUGUAUAGUAAUUCAAAAGUUUUGGUUUGAAGUAAUUAGCUGGUGGAAAACUCACAGUGGUGAAUAUUUGCUAUUUGAUGACUUAAGUAUAAUGUGUGGCUAUAAUCCCGAAGAUCCUAAAAGGCAAAUCCUUAACUAUUAUAUCCUUCUUGGCAAGAGACAUAUCUUCCUGCAAAGGAGCGAAAUUAAACCCCCAAGCUUUGAUCACUUUCUUGAAUUCGUUAAAGACAAGUUAAUUGUGCAAAGAUCGAUUUUUUAUUCCAAAGGACAAAAAGCAAAAUUUCUUUCACAAUGGAAGCCUCUCCUCUCCUUACUGUAA